UCCCUUUUCCAGGCGGGAUAACGUCUCCAGCGGCUCCAUCCGUCCCACCUGGGCUCCCUUUAACUCGGCGCUGGCCUCGCAGGAGAAGCUCCUGUUCUCCCUGCGCCUCAUGAACGAGGACUGGAGCUCGGAGCGGGACCUCUCGGCGUUCCGCCUCGGGGACGUGCUGAACAUCCAGGCCGAGGUGGGCGCGCACAGCCACGUCCCGCUGCGCCUCUUCGUCGACUCCUGCGUGGCCAGCCUGGGCCCCGGCGCCGGCAGCGAGCCCCACUACGCCAUCAUCGACUUCAACGGGUGCCUGGUGGACGGGCGCUCGGAUGCCACCAGCUCGGCCUUUGUCACCCCCCGGCCGCGGCAGGACGUGCUGCGCUUCCAGAUCGACGCCUUCCGCUUCGCCGGCGACCCCCGCAGCCUGAUCUACAUCACGUGUCACCUGAAGGUGACACCGGCCGAGCAGAGCCCGGACGCGCUGAACAAGGCCUGCUCCUUCAGCAAGGCGCGCAACACCUGGGCGCCCGUGGAGGGGACAAGGGACAUCUGCAGCUGCUGCGAGCGCGGCACCUGCGGCCAGCGCGGGGCACCCGCGGGGCGCUGGGACGGGCACCGCUACCGGAGACACGACGGGCACGGUGCCACCUCCGAAGCUGACGUUGUCAUCGGUCCCGUGCUGCUCUCGAGUGCGCAGCGUGGCCAGCGCCCCGAGGGCCACCAGGGCGCGGUGACACCGCUGGCCGUGGGGACAGCGCUGGCCUGCGCGGUGGCCGGCGUGGCCGUGGCCGGAGCCGCGCUGGCCAUCGGCCUCCGGCGCCGGAAUUCCCCAUGAGCCCGGAGUGAGCGACGGAAAUCCCAUAAACCCGGAAUGACCAAUGGAAAUCCUGAUAA